AUGCUACAUCCCAAACUUACAAAUGAAACUAAAGAACGCUUAGCAAUAAAACAGCACUUACAGAUUAUAACCAAUAGUUUUCAGACAAAAUUUUUUAGAAGUCGAAAGCUUGUCGAGUACAAGACCAGAAGAGUUAAUCUGCAGGAAGUGUUGUUUUUUUGCAUGGUGAAUGCAAUGCGAGAUCUACCAAAUCUCGAAAUAUUUAACUCAAAAACUCAAGUAUCAAAGAAAACUAUACGAGUCGACACUCCAGCUCGUCGAAGUAUGCCCAACAGUUUACAGAGAAUCCACGAAACUCAAGAAAUGCCCAUUUUCACAACAGGCCGUGAAACUCCGAUGUCUAGCAAUGCAAUAUUUCUUGGACCGGAAAUUCAUGGUGACCUUUAA